AUGGGUCGAAACAAAGCGCGAAACAGAGGCAAAGAUAGAUCGCAAAGCGACAUGUCGCAAGCCGAGCCAGGUCUCAAGCAAUGUUCAACAGGCAGCGCGCAAGAAGCGGAAAAGCCAUACUUGAGAUGUGCGGCUGAGUGGAUUGAUGGGGUACAGUGUCCAACCGCUGCAAACAUGAAGAUUGUCUGCCAGAAAUGUCAGCUUGUCGCUUAUUGCAGCCAAGAUUGCAAACAGGAGCACGCGAAAGUUCACAAAGCAUCAUGCCCACCUCCACACGUCCCUCCAUCGGCAGGCAUUGACGGCGCUGCGAUUCCUGAUCAUCCAGUCUUUGACACUGGAGUUUUCUGGGGCAAUUAUGCCGCGACCGACAUCCUGAACCUGGCAGAAAACGAGGGAGCAGAGUAUAAUGGCCCCCUGAAGCUCCUCCUCCUCGGUCCUUUUGCUUUGCGGCACCUUGUUUAUUCUGUUGCCGCCAUGCCAGAGACGGCGUUGCCAGACCUCGAAGUUGUCAUUUGCGAGAACGAUCUCCCUCAGCUUCUGCGGACGAUCAUUUCGCUGCACGCCAUGAUCUGGUAUCAUGAUGACCCUUCACGAGCUGCAGAGGUCGUUUCACAGGUUUGGUAUUCGCUCAAAUUGCCUCAAGAAAUCUAUUCGUACAUCAGGGAGACAUUUUCAGAAACUGUGUCAAAUGCCCGCAAAGAAGUGCGAUCUUUCCGUGAAGGCGGGAAUAUUCAAACUGCGGGAGUUGCUUUCAAAGGAAGCAACCUGCGACUGCACACUCAACUCGAGCCCGAUGUAUGGGAUGCUAUCGUGGAUCACAUCCAUCAAACCCCAUCCAAAAAUGCGGCUACCGCUAGAUUGGCGAGGGAAACCGACGCAGCACUGUACGGUGAGCCUCUGGACAGGGUACACGCGAGGAUGUCGCCAUCAAGAGCGGCAGCUUUGAUGAAGUGGCGACAGGAUGGCAUUCUCAUGCCUUAUAGCAGCCCGACGGAGUCCUUUGUCAAACAAAACCCCAUCUUCUUCAACCCUGACGGAAGCCAACCCACCGGCUUGACCAACGAGCCUCUCUCCGAAUGGCCAAUGAAGGAAAUCCUAGAGUAUGCCCCGUAUCCUGCGAGAGGCGAUGUAUACGGCAAAAUGAGCUGCUACAUCCGCAGCAAGGUCGUUGCGUUCCUAAAGCGGGUGGAGCAAAGGAAAAUCAAUAUAAGUCUCACGGCUUGUGGCCUUACGGAGAUGGUGGGACAGCUUCGGGAAUUCUAUGAAAGGAGGCUGCCGUCCUUCGAUCGCAUAGAGGUCGGACAUCUCUUCGAAUUCGAGCCCGAGCUAUGUUUUCUGUCAUGCGCAACUUUGCUGCGACACGCAGACGAGAACCCCCUGGCGACCAUGCUGACCAUGUGUCGGGAGAGUGUCGUCUCGGCAGAGUCACCCAAACUUGACAAGUAUGUGGCUGCUGAGAAAGAUCUCAUUUUCCAUCGAAAUCUCGAGCCACUGGACGCGAUCAUACCACCGGCACAAGCUGCGGGCGAAAACUACAGCGCCGCCUCGUUGCGUCGGCACAUGGGCAUCUUACUCUUCCGCGACUGGGACAUGUUCUCCUAUCACUAUCUAAACGAUGCAGAUCGCUUUGGAGGCCGAGUCCCCGGAGAGGAAUUGUCACACCAGCCCAAGGCCAGCAUCUUGAAAACUGGCUACAUGGGAGUGCAUUUGAAGCGUAGGAAUACAAUUGUGAAUGCGUGGCCAAAUCGAUUGGUGCAUGGAGCAGGCAGCAGGCCGUCUAAGGAAGAAGUGUCGCGCUGGGUGAGCUGGUCUACGACCAAACCAGAGCGUUGGCUGGAGUGGAAAAGGACAGGGGAUGUCAACACCAAGGAGUGGUUAAGACACCUUGGGAAGAUCAGGGGGCCAUACGUGUUGGCUAACAUGAAGAAACUCUACAACAUGCUCCUGGCGGCCGAUCAAGAAAGAGAUUAUCACGAAGAAGACGAGGAAGAAGGUGGAGAUGAGGCUAUACGUGUCAUGGUCAAGAAUGUCGAAAUGCAAGGGGAGCAACCUGACCAAGAGGAGAAUGAUGUCGGAUUGGGACUCAUCGACUGGGAAUACUCGGAGAAUGGAGACAGGGCGCCUGGCGAAGCGGCCAAGGUUGAAUAA